GAAUGAAUGAUCACGUGAUUGAAUGUGUGAUUGUUUAUACAAACAGUGAAAUCAUAAAAAUAUAAUAAUUAUUGUCGACUACUAUAUACUAACCAUUGAACUGACCUCUGGAGUGAUGCCGAUCACAGAUGAUGUCCAAAUACCAACCUAUGAGGAGCUCGAUGUUCAAGAGAUCAAUAUAUCUCAACCGGUGUUGAAGGCAUCGGCCAUGCAUUUCGGCAAAUAUUGUGACCACAUCUCAAAGGAGUUUAUGUUAUGCAAGAUAGAGGAAAGGGAUCCCAGAAGAUGUCUAAAUGAAGGUAAAGCUGUUACGGCCUGUGGUCUCGAGUUUUACCGAAAAGUGAAAAAUAAUUGUCGAAAUGAAUUGGAAAAGUUGUCCAAAUGUAUGGAAUGGACGGACUAUGACAUGAAGUUCUUGUAUUGUCGUAAAGAGCAGUCUUGUUAUGAUCAAUGUAUGAGUGAAAAGUUGGGUAUCAAUAGACCUCCUUUGGGUUAUUUCACACAACUGAGAGUCCAUCAAACAGAUAGACCUAAACCCGGUGGAGUUGCGCCCAGAUUUAAUGACCCAUCAGUUCCAUUACCCGAAGAUUUUCCUAUGGAAGAAUCCAAGUAUGGAUGGCGCGACUGGUGGUGGUUUUGAGGACAAACAGACAAAUACUCGACUGUCUAUUUCCUUAUAAAAACCUUUGGUCUGUUAGUGUCUUAUAAUGUAUUUUAGCUUUACUUUUGUUUAAUGUAGUGAUUUAUUAAUAUGUAAACAAUAUUUAAUUAGUGUUUAAAUUAAUGAAAAAUUAUAAUAAA